AGUGUACAACAGCGUCACACUGCUGAAGGAAACAAAAGGAGGAGAACUCAGGCAAGUGAGAGAGAAUAGGUGAAGUCUGAUAGAGAGAUAAGCAGUUGUGAAAAAAAACAUUUGAAACUCCACAAAUCAGCAUGAGUUACUUUCUCCUCAAGACUUGGAUAAAGUCAGUCUAAAUCUAAAUUCAUAGUACGGAAAAAGAAUACAUGACAUUUCCCAAAAAAAAAAAAAAAAAUCGACGUGCGCAUAACUCGUGAGUAUAGAGAUAAAGGACAUUUAAAGGUGAGAGAAGAGACGUCUGAGUGAAGAUCUGUAGCCGAUGGCGAACAGCUGGACAUUGACGGUGCUCGUCCUCCUAAGUAUCUUUAUUGCAAGAAGUCAGACAAGAGUUUCUCAAGAGCAGAUCUUUAUUUCAGGCAGCGAUGUGACUUUACGGUGUGGCAAUCUCACUUCUGUCAAAUGGAAUGAGUUAAUUUAUAUAAUCUGGAACAUCAGCCUGCAGGACAAAAAAUGUAGAGUUGGUGUGUCACCCAAGCUGGACGACACAUGCAAUGAUGGAAAGAAGCUGGAAAACACAGCAGAUGGAGUUUCUCUAUUCAUUCCCAAGAUUUCAAUUGAAGAUGAAGGGCUUUACUUUUGUGAUUUAUCAUAUAAAGGAGGAAGCUAUGCACUAAAUGUGUCUGUAAGCGUUACCAAUGUUUCAACCAAGCAGGACAGUGAAAACAAUCAAAGGAUUGCUGUCUGUAAUUCCAAAUAUAAAAUGAAAGCACCCACUCUUCAUUGGGAACCUGCCGUGAACCUUUCCUCCAGUUCUGUAAAGAAGCUUGACAGGUUUUUUAUGCUGGAGAAUAAAGUAUAUCUGCCAGAAAAUCUCAACAUUAGUGAGCUCACCUGUGUGGCCACAUACACGUCUAAGUCCGGCUCUGUGCAGCACAAGAGCACACUUCUUCUUACAGGUGAGCACACUGUACAUGAAAAGGAAAUGAGAAUUGAUUUCAUAAGUGGGUCAGUAGAGAAUUCAUGUUUCUUCAGCUACACGUGCAUCUACGUCUACGG